AUGGUCCUCCUCCAUCCUCUCUUGACGGCAGCUGCCCUGCUGGGUGCAUCUGCCCGGGCCCAAAGUGUGGUCGGCACUCCGUUUGGCUUCGCCAGCGGAACCACUGGCGGUGGUAACGCUGCUCCUGCGGCACCCAAGGACACCAAUGAGCUCAAGGAAUGGCUGGCCGAUCCUAACCCCCGAGUGAUCGUGAUCGACAAGGAGUUCAACUUCAUCGGUACCGAGGACACUUGUACCGACUGCGAAUGCUGUAUCCCGGACUCCAACACCUGCGGCGAUGCUGGCCAGAAUGCAAUCAAAACCGAGGGUUCUGACUGGUGCGGUUCCUACCCUGCUACGACGUGCACAUACGACAAUGCCGGUCUUGAGGGCAUGGAGGUCGCCUCUGACAAGACCAUCAUUGGUGUUGGAGACGCUGGUGUGAUCCGUGGUAAGGGUCUGAGGUUGGUAAAUGGCGUCAGCAACAUCAUCAUUCAGAACGUUCACAUCACCGAGCUGAACCCCCAGUACAUUUGGGGUGGUGAUGCUAUUUCGCUAGAUGGCACGGACAAGAUCUGGGUCGACCAUGUCAAGGUCUCCCUGGUUGGCCGUCAGAUGUUUGUAACUGGCUACGAAUCUAGUAUGUAUCGCGGGCGGCAGAACCAAACGUUGGUCAGACAAAGACUUACCAAAUCAAUAGGUGGCGGCGUCACUGUCUCCAACAGUGAGUUUGAUGGUCAGACUAAGUGGUCUGCCUCGUGCGAUGGACACCACUACUGGUCUGUGCUCGGCUAUGGCAAGGGCGAUCAAAUCACUUUUGCUAACAACUACAUCCACCACACGUCUGGCCGUUCUCCUAAGAUCGAGUUCGAUAGCCAUUGGCACGCAUACAACAACUUUUGGGAGAACAACAGCGGUCACGCCUUUGACGUCGGUGAGGGGGCUAAUGUACUUAUUGAGGGCAACGUUUUCUCCAAUGUCAAGACGCCUAUGAACCCCGAGGAUACGCCAGGCUCCACUUUUGCCGUGAACGCUCAGGACGCAUCUUCCUGCACCUCUGCGCUCGGCCGUCCUUGCAUUGCCAAUGAGCUGACCAGUUCCGGCGAACUGUCUGGCAAUGACGAAGCUGUUCUCUCUGGCUGGCCUAAGGGCGAGGGUGAUACUAAGGCCAUGACCACGGAUAAGGUGCCCUCCUAUGUUAAGGCCAACGCGGGUGUCGGCAAGCUGGGUUCUGGCGGUUCUGGCGCUGCUUCCAGCAGCGUUAGUAUUACUCCUUCCCCUACCUCUAGCGCGAUCCCAUCUUCCAGUGCGACUCCAUCCUCGUCGGCUUAUGCCAGGCGCCAUUACGCCCGACACCACCAUUACUAG